AUGGAUCAAGCCUCUUCAUCUUGUAUAUCACAGCAUGCCUAUCUGCCAGUGCUUUUCGUGUUGGUCCUAAUUCUGCUAAAGCCUUGUGUUCGUUUCAGUGACUUGGAGUCUUCGUUUGAUCAACCAAUCAGAUCCUUCAUUAGCGAUUCCUUUGAGCACACAUCAUCAUUCUCUUUCUCCUCAGAGUUGAGCCCUCUAAUUUCCGAUUGCGCGUCUUUCGGGACAACACUCGGAGCCCAACAAAGGCAAGACCUCGUGAAGGUCCUUCACAUCCUCAGACGGCUGGUCAAACGUCGACAGCCUGGCAGGGAGAGUCUCCACCCGGCUAAUCACACUCAUCUCACCUGUGAUAGAGUGGUGCUGGAACACGCGUGGCCGGAUUCGUGA